CGCGGCCACGGGCGGUCCCGGGCGAGGGGGGCGAGGGGGGGCGACGCUAUGAAAGGGGCCGCGGUGCCGCCCGCCCCAGAGCCGCACUCCCGCUCCGCACCGGCGGCCGCCCCGGAGCCGCUGCCCUCACCAUGAACAGAGGUUUCUCCAAGAAGAGUCACCCGUUCCUGCCGAAAAUAUUUCGAAAGAUGUCCGCUCAGUCGGCCAAAGAAAGGCCCGAGAGUCUGCGGUUCCCUUUCCUCGAUGACGAAGAUACCAUCGCCACGCUCAAAGAGUCCAAAACCUUCUUCAUCCUGCGGGGUCUCCCCGGCAGUGGGAAAUCCACGCUGGCCCAGGCGAUCCAGGAUCGCUACAAAGACGGCUGCAAAGUCAUCGCCGCUGAGAGCUACAAAAUCACACCUGCCAUAAGAAGCGGCAUUCCUGAAGAAUAUGCCAAAGUCGAUGAGGAAUUAGUUGACUAUUGCAAACGAGACAUCAGCGUUAUCGUUUUGGAUGACACUCACCAUGAAAGGGAACGACUGGACCAAAUCUUUGACAUUGCUGACAAAUACCGCUACAAAGUCAUCUUUGCGGAGCCCAAAACCCAAUGGAGGAUGGAUUGCUCGCAGCUUAAGGAUAAGAAUCAGUGGAAACUGACGGUGGAAGACCUGAAGAAGAUGAAGCCCAGUUUGGAGAAGGAGUUCCUCCCCAUGUAUUUCGGGUGGUUUUUGAGCAAAAGAAGCUCUGAGAUCCUGAGGAAGGCCGGCCAGGUGUUCUUAGAUGAGCUGGGAAGCCUCAAAGCCUUCAAAAAGGAGAGCAAAUACUUCACUUCUGAAGAUCCCAAAAUAAAAAUAGAUCUCACCAGCUACUUUGUGAAGAGGCCGCCCGGGGUCUUGCACUGCACCACCAAAUACACCGACUUUGGGAAGGCGGCGGGGGCUGAGGAUUACGCACAGCAGGAGGCUGUGAGGGCUUCCUACGGCAAAGGCUUCACUUUGUCCAUUUCUGGUCUGUUUGUCACAACCAAAACUGUCGGUGCUCGCGUGGAGCUGAGCGAACAGCAGCUGCUGCUGUGGCCCGGGGAUGCAGAUAAGAUCCAGGCAACCGACAGCCUCCCGAAGGGCAGCCGCGCUCACAUCACCCUCGGCUGCGCCAGCGGCAUCGAAGCCGUGCAAACCGGGCUGGAUCUGCUGGAGUUUGUGAAACUGGAAAGGGCGGGGAACAAAGGGGAAGAAGUGGGGGAAAUUGGGGGAGGGAAACUGCAGUAUUUUGGUAAUGGGAUGUGGAUGCUCGUCCUGUCUAAAAAAAUCAACGUGAGGGCGAUUUUCUCGGGUUACUACGGAAAGGGAAAACUGGUGCCUACGCAGAGCACCAACAAACGGGGCUCUGCCUUCAGCUCCUGCACCAUCAUCUAAGAGCACGGGCAGGCAUCGCCCCCGCUGGUUUUUAAAAGGAAAGUAACUCGGUAACCUUUAAAACUGUAAAGAGAAAUAAUUCUGCCUUUACUAAGCAAGCCCUUCUGCCAGCCUCAGACCGAAACAUCUCUGGGGAGGCAUUUAUUGGCCUCGGUUAGAAAACAAGCAGCUCCAGGAGAGCUGUCAGAUAACCCUCAGUAACCAAAGUGCUGCUGAGUAUUUCUAGUGGGAGAGUUUGGGGAGAACCAGCUCUCGUGGGGCCCUGCUUGUUUUCUUCCUCAGAGGAGGAUCUCCUGUCGUCUUUUAUAACUUCCCUAUGAGCCACAAUCGUUAGAUCUGUACACGUCGGUACUUCCCAAUUGAGCAGUGGCAGAACAGAGCCUGUACAGAACUGCUCUGAGGCCCAGUGAGCUGCAUAACGCCUCCCCCUGCUCCCAGACAGACAAACAGCAGGAGUGCUGCAUUCCAGGUGAAAACCAGCCCCACUUCUGUCCAGUGGAGCAGUCCCUGGCAGCUCAGUCCAUAAGGGAUCGUGCAGCAGCCCCCGGAGCCACGUGUGUCCCACCCCAUUGUGCUGUUGGUGUGCAGAGCCUUCAGUGCAGGGAAGGGCUGUGCUGAUGGGCACACAGAGGCGCAGUGCCAGGCAGUGUCUGUGAGCCAAAUACUGCAGACACGGGGAGAAAAUCACAGCAAAGGAAACAGCUUUGAGGAGCUGCAUUCGGUUCCUGUCACAGCUCCGGUUGCUCAGGAUGGGCUGAAUCCAAUUCUGCCAGCACCACCGUCCUGUAGGGAGCAAUCCUGCCUUGGCGGGGAAUGGAAGAGAUGAACUAAUGUCUUUUCCAUCUUAUUUUGUAGAAAUUAAAUCAUGUCUGAAGUAUAGAACCAUACUUCAAGCAAGAUUUUACUAGCUUUAGCUAAUGCACUGAACGUAGGAUGGAAGUAACACUGUAAUUUAGGAAGUAAAGGGAGGUAUUGUAACUGUGUAACUCAAGUCUGCUCCUACCCCAGUCGUGGGCUGGAAAGAAGUUAAUGACCGAGCACUGCUGUUAUUAAGUCUGUUUUAUUAAAGCUGAUGUUUUUGCUCUUAGAUCAUUUGCCAGUCAGCAGAUCCGUGGUCACUACUUCAUAACACAAAUCUCCACUAACAGAUUCAGGUCAGGACAGCAGCCCAAACUCCUGCAAUGGCUCUGCGCCUGGUGAGCUGCAUUGUGCUUAACCCACUAUUAAUAAAUGUAAAUACUCACUGUGUUCCACA